ACUGAUAAAGAACACUAGACUAAAAUCCAAAUGCGAAUCGCUGAAUAUGGGGGCAAGUUUAUUAUUCUUCGUGUUAAUUUGUGCAAAUUCUAUAACCAAUGUGGAGCUUGGCGGCAUCUGUGAUAAGAAAUGUGAAUGGACAGGAUGGAGCUCUUGGUCUGAAUGUGACAGAAAAUGUGCUGGCGGACAUCAGAAACGUUCCAGAGAGUAUUGCUGUAGACUGGAGUUGGCACACGAUAUAAAACGCUGCAUGCAAGAUUGUGGAAAGGAUUAUAACAACAUGGAAAGCGGUUUCCAAGACACUAAGGGCUGUAAUGAACAUUGUAGUAAUGGUGGACAAUUCAUUUUUGCUGGAUAUUGUCAAUGCCCUGCUAGAUACCGGGGGACUUGCUGUCAAGAUGUGGUUACCUGUGGACAACCCAGUACAAUUUCUCAUGGUAGUUUCACCGGUAGUGAUUUUACCUAUGCGGGUAAAAUUGAAUACACGUGCGACAAGAAUUAUAACAUGACGAUCCCUUCACAAUCUACUCGCACCUGCUCGUCACGUGGAGAUUGGAACGGAAGUGCCCCGACUUGCUUGUAUGCAACCUCGUGUGAAAGUAGUCCAUGUAAGAAUGGGGCUAGUUGUGAGAAUUUGUUGGGUGACUUUCUUUGUGUAUGUUUGUCCGGGUGGACAGGGAAAAAUUGCAAAACUGAUGUGCAACCGCCGAUUGUCCAAGGAUGUCCAACAGACAGGAAUAUUGUUACAUCAGACUUGACAAGUCGUCAAAACUGGUCAGAACCAAAUAUCACGGAUCCGCACGGUACACAAGUUGUCAUAACCAAGAACUACCAAAAAAGUGAAUUUGUAUUUCCAUGGGGAGAGUUUACUAUACAAUACAGUGCUGUCAAACCUUCCAACGGACUACGUGCUGAGUGCAAGUUCAAUAUCUCGGUGAAAC